AUGUUGGAAGGCAUAUCAACCAAAUCUCUCAUCGCGGCAUUGAUCGUGAUUUUUACUUUAGUCAAGGUUACUCAAUUGAUUCAAAGAGAGCUUAAGAUUAAAUCACUUGGUGGUCAUGCGAGAAGAGUUAAAACAUGGAUCCCAUUUGAUCUCGACCUCAUCGCACGCUCAGUCAACCAUAGUUUGCAUGACAGAAAUCUCCAAGCAUGGCUAGCCUUCUUCAAGGGUCAAAACGAUUUCCGCUAUACAGUCGAGGCAAACCCAGGAGGACAACGCACUAUAUUUACUGCAGAGCCGGAAAAUAUUAAAGCUAUACUUGCGACUCAGUUCACAGAUUAUGGGAAAGGGAAACCGUUUCAUAAGGAUUGGAAAGAUUUCCUUGGCGAUAGUAUCUUUACGACUGAUCUUGAUCAAUGGCAUGAUUCUCGUCAAUUAAUACGCCCACAAUUCAUAAAGGAUCGAGUUAGUGAUUUGGAUACUUUCGAGAGACAUGUGCAGAUCUUAAUCAAUAAGAUUAAAGUAGAAGGUAGAAAACGGGAUGGCACUCAGGGCCAAGAGAUUGAUGUUAGUGAUUUGUUCUUCAGGUACACUCUGGAUGCUGCCACGGAUUUCUUGUUGGGGCGUAGUGUGGAAAGUUUAGAGAAACCAGGUGAAUUCGCAGACGCUUUCGCAGAAGUUCAGAGGGUACAAAGUAUCAUUGCUAGAGCUGGCCCAUUGAACAAACUAGUUCCAAGAAAAACAUUCUACAAGGGCCUUAAGGUUAUUAACGAAUUUGUCACCCCCUUCAUUGAAGAUACGCUUCGACUUUCUCCCGAGGAGUUAGCGACUAAAACGAAAACCGAGGAAGGUUAUACAUUUUUGCAUGCACUAGCAUCCUAUACUCGCGAUAGAAAUGUGCUUCGAGAUCAGCUCGUGGCAGUCUUACUCGCCGGUCGCGAUACAACAGCUUCCACACUCUCAUGGACUUUCUAUGAACUAGCUCGUCAUCCUGAAGUCUUCAAGAAACUGCGCGAGGAAGUUGUUUCGAAAGUUGGUCUAGAGGAAGCUCCGACUUAUCAACAUUUGAAAGAUAUGAAAUAUCUUCAGAAUAUCAUGCACGAAACCCUUCGUCUUUACCCCGUCGUCCCCUUUAACGUCCGUCUCGCCCUAAAAGAUACUACCUUACCCCUUGGCGGCGGUCCUGAUGGUCUCUCUCCCAUGGGAAUCCUCAAAGAUACCCCAAUCGGCUAUUCCACACUCAUCAUGCAACGCCGCUCAGAUCUCACUCCAGACGUCAUGUCUUUCAAUCCCGACCGCUGGCUAACAUGGCAACCCAAACCUUGGCAAUACAUUCCUUUCAACGGUGGCCCUCGCAUCUGUAUUGGCCAACAAUUUGCCCUAACGGAAAUGGGUUACACGAUUGUAAGAAUUCUACAGAAUUUUGAUGGGCUAGAGGGUUUUAUGCAGAAGAUUGAUGGGGGAGACCCGAGGCUGAGAGCGGAUAUUGUGUUGCAGCCUGGGCAGGGGGUACACGUGGGAUUCUUGAACGGGCAAAAUGGAUCUGCGAAGGCGGAGAAGUAG